GAGCCCAGCAGCAGCAGCUUAACGUGCUCAUCCCUUUUUUUAAAAUUUUUUUAGAUUGUCGUAAAUUCUAAUAAUAACAACAACACAAACAUUAACAACGCUAUCAAAUGAUAAUGAUAAUAAUAAUUCUAGCAAAGUGGUGAAUCGGAGUAACACGACAACGAAAUGUGGAUAGACUUGAUUCGGGUAUUUUCGUCGUUUUCGCUGUUUAGCGAGUCGUUUUGGCUGUUGGGCAGAUUGGCAAAAAAAAGGGAGGAGUUGGGUGGGUGGUAAAAAUAAAAAAAUAAAAAAAAGAAAGAGUAUAUAUAUGCGCGAUGAGUGCGUAAAGGAUAUUGGUGAUAAAGAUAUGUGUUGGUAGAAAAAAAAUAAAAAAAUGACAAGGGGAAAAAAGGAUGUGUCUGGGGGUCUUGUAUUUUUUGGCAAUAUCAAAUGAGAAUACAUAACUAACAUACACAGAGAGAAAGAGAGAUUGCUGUAUUGCGCGAGUAGUAGACAAAUCAUGAAAUAGUACAUGCGAGUAAAAGUGAGUAAAAAAUAAUAUGUAUAUAAAAUAAAAUAAAAUGAGGGGUAGUUGUUGACUGUAUACACAAGUCUCUUCUUCUUCUCUCUCUGUGUGUGUCCCUAAAAACGAGCCGACAAAUAUUCGCGAGGGGGGUCGAUGAAAAGAGGUGGAUUGGGAAAUACGAGGAGAGAAAGGAAGGGGCCUUUUUAGAGUUGAUGGUUGGGUUGUGGGUGCUACAGAGUAUUCGAGAAAAAAUAGUUAAGAGGCUGGCAUAGUUGAGGGUGGAUGGUGGGGGGACAACACCGACAACACACUCGACACUCAAGAGACAGGUGUCAUCGACAAUCCAGAAAGAGUUGUAUAUUUACGUAAAGUUGGAGCACAAUCAACCACCACGUGAGAUUUUAUUGUGAAUAAUUUUUUUUGAGUUGUUUAAAUAACAGAGUGAAUUUUUUUUUUUUUUUCGCAUUGGACAAAAAAAAUUGAGUGAAUUUAUAUUAUACAUUUGAAUGGUUUUUAAAUAAAAAAAAAUUUGAAAAUGAAUUUUCCACCGUUUGGCAGUCAUUUUCCUGGUAGUAUCCCUAGUAUACAUCAAUUUACUGCUGAUGGUAGUGGUGGUGGUGGUGCUGGUGGUGCAAGUGGUGGUGCAAGUGUUGGUAUUGGUGUUGGUAGUACUAGUUCAAGAUAUGGUAAUCAUUUUACAAAUCAACCACCAAUUGGAGUUCCUGUUGUUGGUAAAUAUCGUACAGAAAUUAAUGGUACACAUGCAAGUCAAUCAAGUCAAGGUGGUAUUAUGAUGAAUAAUAAAACAUCAUAUUCAAAUAGUAAUAUUCAUCAUUAUCCAAAUAUUCCAUAUUCACAAUCACAAAGUAUACAUCAACGUUUAUCAAAUUCACCAGUAAUAAUGCAAGAAAAACGUUCUUAUCAUCAGGAUAUUUGUAAUUUAUUACAAGAAAAAGAAAAAAAAGAUAAAAAAACAAAUGAUGAACAUAGUGGUAGAAAUAAUGAUACAACAACAACAACAUCAUCACCAGCAACAACAACCACAACAACAAAUGGUACAAAUCAACAACAAUUACAACAACAACAACAACAACAGCAGCAGCAGCAACAACAACAGCAACAAGAUUAUUCUUUGCAUCAACAUCAUCAACAACAUGCACAUACACAAACACCAGCAUCAAUGCCAGCAACAUGGCAAUCAUUGGCAACACCUGGUUCAACAGUUGCUGAUUAUCUAAGUCAUUUACCAGCAAGUACAUUGCCACUAUCAUUGCAUCAUUUUUUAAAAUAUUCAGCUGAAAGUAUUAAAAAAGAAACUGAAAUGCAAGCACAAACUACCUCUGUGGCAAUAGCAACAACAACAACACCAAAUAUUAUGAUGUCACCAAGUUCUAAAAAAAAGAAAAAAAAGAAACAACCUAAAGAAAAAAAACCACGUCCAAAACCAGGUGAAAUUAGAUUAACAACAGCACUUGAUGGUUCAACAUUAUAUUGUUGUCCUGAAUGUCAUAUGGCAUAUCCAGAACGUGAAUUACUUGAACAACAUUUACUUGGUCAUACACUUGAACGACGUUUUGUAUGUGACAUAUGUGGUGCUGGAUUAAAACGUAAAGAUCAUUUAACACGUCAUAAACAAUCACAUAAUCCUGAAAGACCAUAUGUUUGUACUGUAUGUUUAAAAGCAUUUAAAAGAAAGGAACAAUUAACUCUACAUUUUGUCAUUCAUUCUGGUGAAAAACGACAUGUUUGUACUGAAUGUGGUAAAGGUUUUUAUCGUAAAGAUCAUUUGAGAAAACAUACACGUAGUCAUAUUGCAAGAAGAGUCAAAGCUGAGCUCAGUCAAAAUGCUGGUAAUCAACAAAAUCAACAACAACAGCAGCAACAACAACAACAGCAACAAAAUAAUACUAAUAAUAAUAAUAAUGUUACAAAUAAUAUUGCUGGUACAUCAUCAGUUCUUCCUGUUGGGCAUUCAGGUCCACUUUUAUCCUGAGCCCCGCCACCUGGGAACUUUCAAGUUCCCAAUCCGAAUAAUAUUAUUCAUGCUCAUCAAACAACUCAUCAUACAACAUUACAUCAUCAUCAUCUUGCGGCUGUUAAUGCUGCUGCGCAUCAAGCAGCUGUUAGUACAUCAUUACCAACAACAAGCCAUUAUCAAGCAGCACAUGAUACACUUGGAUUCCUCAGUCAUGUCAAAGAUUUUUGAGGGUCAAUAUUCUAUUAUUAUUAUUAUUAUUAUAAAUUUAACAUUAUACGUGGUAAAUAUAAAUAUUAUAUUUUGUUUUAUUUUUUUUUUAAAUGAAAAAAAACAAUUAGUUGAUUAUGAUGAAUCCAUGAUAUUUUUAUUUUUGAGUUUUUGAUGAACAAAGAUAAAUUAAUGUUUUUUCGGGGGAAUUUAUAUGAAAAUAUUAAUUAUUAAUUAAUAACGUAUAAUGAAAAAAUUAAAAUAUGUAAAUUAUAUAUUUAUAUCGCGCUUAUUAAUAUUUGUCAUGUAUUAUUAUAUACUAUCACCAUGAAAUCUAGAAGGUAAAAAAAAAAUUCGUACUUUUUUUAAUAUUAUGCUUAUUUUGUUUAUUAAUUUUUUACAAUUUGUUUUUUAAUUAGUAUAUUGAAUUUAGAUAGAUAUUAUUAUAAAGUUCGUUGAGCACUGAUUAAUUAAAUAAGUUGAUAUUUUUUUAAAUCUAAUUUUCUAAAAUAUAAUGGUCAAAAUAUUGAGUGUCAUUAUUUUGAUCGUAAUAUUUCAUUUGUAAAUUAAUGUCUUCUAUAAAAAAUGAUGGUCAAAUGAUUAUUAUUAUUAUACAAAAAAGAAAAAAAAAAGAUCAACGUCUGGUUGUGAUGAUUUGUGAUUGAGUUGUACUUGGCACAUCUUCCUUUAAUUUUUAAUUAAACAUACAAAUAUUUCUGGCAAUUUAUUAUGAUUAUUAUUUUUGAAAAAUUUUAUUUUAUAAAUUUACAGAGAGAUAGAGACAUUAUUAUUUUUAUUUAACUAGAAAAAAUAAUUAAAAUGUGUAAUAAUAACACUAAACAGCCAGGAGCUGUUUAGUUAAAAAAAAACAAAAUAAUAAUAAUAAUACAAAUGAAUUUUCUACUGAUUUAUCAUUUUAAAAUAAUAAAUAAAAAAAAAUUUACAGUAUUAAGUUUAUUAUUGUGAGUUGACACAUGCAAAUUAAAACAAAAAAAAAAAACGUAAUUCAGGUUUUUUCAGACCUCAAGUAAUGAUGAUAAUUAUUUAAGUAAGACUAAGCACGACGUACUAUGAUAAAAAAAAAAAUAAAUGAAACAAUGCAUUAAUGUAAAGAGAAAUGAUGAAAAUUUAAUUGUAAAAAAAAUAUUGCAAUUGAGGCAUUUACAACAACUUGAUCUAUAAUUGAGAAAAAAUAAAAAUAAAAUUAAAAACUCGAGGGGUACGUAUUUAAAUUGUACGAAUAUAUAAGUUUGUAUACAAAAUGACAUUAAUAAAAAUAAUAAAAUAAGCUUGUAAUUUAUAAUGAUGAAAAAAAAAAAUAAUAAAUUUAGAAUUAUAUAUAGUUUAAUAAUUAAGGUAUGAUAAAAAACAAAAAAAUAAAUUUUCCUUUUUUUUAAAAAAAAAAAUGUAUACAUUGUGUGAGUGUCAGGAUAAAUUAUUAUUAUUUUGAUAUUAUUAUCAAUUUAUUGUCACACGACAAAAUAAUACGUCAGUAAAUGUAUAACGUCCAAACAAAAUUUAAAAAACAAAAAAAAAAUAA